ACAGAGAAAAGAGAGAGAGAGCAGAACGGGACAGAAGUUGUGCAGACCCAGGAGCGUGUGUGCGUGCAUGUGCGUGGAUUGCCAGCAGCUGGAAGUCAGUAGCACAGCCUUGGUGAGCAGAAGAGACUGUUUGAUGCAACACUUGAGCCAUUGUGUGUGAGCUCAGAGGAGACUACAGAUGGCUGAAAGAGUUGGAUUUGAAGCCAGGGCAAGCCCACCCACUGCUGCUGUACACUCAUCACCUCUCCAUGAGCCAUCGGCUGCCAAACUUCUGACAUCCAUCUGAAACAUUCCACAAUAACUCCAAGACAUAUCAGACCAUACACACACCUACUCUCGCCUCCAUCAACAAUGGCUGGACUGUGCAGACACACCAAGAAAGUCUAGAAUCGGCCUCAAAUUCCACGUUAUCCAAACACAUCCACAGAUCCAUUGAGCUUUGAAUUAAUGCAGUUGCAAAAUACCCAAUAUGGCAGAAAGUACAGAAAUGGAUGAGCUUCUGAGCGCCUUUAAGAAGUUUGCUGUUCAUGGUGACACCAAAGCCACUGGAAAGGAGAUGAAUGGGAAAAACUGGGCUAAACUGUGCAAAGAUUGCAAAGUUAUUGACAGCAAGAAUGUCACCAGCACUGAUGUAGAUAUUGUCUUCACAAAAGUCAAAGCAAAGACAUCUCGGGUCAUAACAUAUGAGGAGUUCCAGAAAGCUCUAGAAGAACUGGCCCCAAAGAGAUUCAAAAAUCAAAGCAAAGAAGAGGCACUGCAGUCUAUAUAUAAGCUAAUCGAGGGAAAAGAACCCACCAACGUUGGUGUAACGAAAGUGGCAAAAACUGGUGCCGUGGAUCGGUUAACCGACACCUCUAAAUAUACGGGCUCACACAAGGAGCGUUUUGAUGACAGUGGGAAAGGCAAAGGAAAAGGUGGGCGGGAGGAGAUUGUGGAGCACACAGGCUACGUAGGUGCCUACAAGGACGCUGGGACUUACGAGGAGAAGACGAAGGCCAAGUAAGGCCCCACUGUCUCCAUGUCAGCAAGCUCUGAGCUUCAUCUUCAUCAGCACUUAGGUCUGGACCAAAGCCAAACUUGAACUUUGACCUGUAAAAUCUCACACAGCCACUAUGCAGUGUAACACAGGAUGUGUUGUAAAUGUUUGUCUUUAAGGAUAAAGAAGUAUUACAGUCGGUUUUUGUUAGAAAGUUGACAGAAGGGUAAGAGAGGACUGGUCUCAAUCCUUUCAUGGAGAUACCAGCCCCUGCUGUAUGUAGGAUUUCAGGUGAAAAUCUCAAAGAGGAAGCAUAAAGACAGCUCUUUGGGUGGGGAAACAGAUCAUUAGUGUUUUUGUUUCAGUUUUUAUGUUGCUGUUUAAUAGCUAGGCGCAUCUAAACAUCACAGUGCUUCAGAGAGGGACAAGCGGAACACAGGAAGCCCUUUAAGAGAUUUAUUUCCUCCAACAUGUGUAUAGAUGCACUAACGGAAUUGCUGUCAAUAAAAUCUAACAAUAUUCAUUGCUAAAACUUAAAUGUCAUUCUCCAAAGGAUAAUGGUAAACCAGCUUUAUGUGUGUAUUAGCCUUCUGUUAUUAUUUCCAAACAUUCAUUGUCAUAUCUUUAAGUUAGCUUACUGUGUAACUGAAACUGGAAACUGCC